ACCGCUUUUGCACCGGGACAACUACCUCUGGGAGAGCGCAAAACCUAUCCUCCCCCACCGCUUCGACCUCUCCAAGGAAAUCCUACCAGCACCGCAACAAUGCCCUUCACUGGCUCGAUCCCCCGCCGCCCAACCGAGCUCCGCCUCACGAUCAACGACAUCCGUGUCGCUCCGGCGAUAGACAUGACCUACAAGCCGUCCAAGCUAGUAGCCGACUUCUCCGCGCUGUUCAAGAAGCACUACUUCAGCUCCUCUGGGCACCCAAUCAUCUUCAAGCUGCAGUACACGGCAGCGUCGGGGCAAGGUCUCCGGCGGAUCCCCGUUCCCUUCUCGGCGCUCGCCACGUCCUCGGACACACGCACCAGCUGGGCGGAAAUGAAGACGGAGAUUACGCACUUCGAGAGCCGCAGCGAAGCGCACACUGCGAACCCCGCUACCAGGCGCUGGCUGCUGAUCAUCUGCUUCCGCGCGUGCAAGUGCUUGGGCUUCGAGGGCUACCAGGUUGCACUGAAGAUGCCGCUGAUCCUGGGCGGGAAGGUCGUCGACCUCACUGAACUCGACGAGCUCGAGUUUAUCAGGACCGUUUUGAACCGGACCCCCAUGGGUGGACAACCAAUUCCGUCGCCGCCGGUGUUCGCUGGGAGCUUGGUGCGUCGCGCGCCGGUGGCGAACGGAAAUGGUGCUCAUAACGGAAAUGGUACUCACAUUGGAAAUGGCACUCGCAAUGGAAAUGGUACUCACCACGGCAGCGAUGGAGACGUGUUCAUGAGCGAUCGUUAGGAUGGGGAAUAGGGUUCUUGGUGAGAUCAUGCUGGAUGGUACUUCGAUAGGAUAGUGAGAACAAAGCCCGAUUACCUACCAUGUGCGGUGAAUAUUACAAUCUGCCCUGAUGGAAGCCUUCUGUGAUACAGUGAUGUGUACUACCUUCAGCGAACGAGCCCCAAGGACAAGAAACCUGCGCCAAUACCUAGAGAAUUCUAUCAAUGCUCUAGCCCGGGGAUAUAUACCUCGUACUCCUGUAAAUAUACAUACACCUACUCUUGUAGUUAAUCACAGAAAAUCAAGAGACUGAAGUCCCGAGAUAACGAGUGAUUGAAAAAGUA